AUGAAACCGCCAUCUCAACCGAUUAAGACAAAGGGUGCUCCGAAGAAAGUGAAGCCUACGCCGAAUGACAACUCGACUACACGGUCUCCUUCAUAUUGUGAGCACGUCGACAAACUCUUUCCCGACUCACCUACUCCGAAAUCACAAAAAUCUCAAAAAAGUUCAAACAAAGGAGCUCGCGUUAGCAAACCGCCUCCGACACCUAUUCCACCGAAAGUUCCGACUCCGACACCUAUUGCUCCAAAAAUUCCAUCAAUCGAAGAGGUACAUAUUGCUCCAAAAAUUCCAUCAAUCGAAGAGGUACAUAUUGCUCCAAAAAUUUCAUUCAUCGACAAGAUGCCAUUUUUUAUGCACAAAUAUAUCGACCGGAACAUCAAGAUGGCAGGGGACGGUAAUUGCGGUUUCUGGGCCGUAUCGUCUUUGCUUGAUAAGGGAGAGGAUGUCCAUAAGUUUGUCCGUCAUGAACUUAUCGAAGAGUUGAUGAACCAUAAAGACUCGUACGCGGGUAUUUGGAGACGAAGCUAA